AUGUCAUUGGUGAUUAAAGAUAAAGAAGAUAAGAUCCUAGACGGACCAAGUGUCCAGGAGAAAGCCCCUCCACCGAAGUACAUUGGGUUUGUUGCCGGGAUGUUUUCUGGUGUUACCAAGAAUGCAGUUGGACAUCCGUUUGAUACGGUUAAGGUGAGAUUGCAAACGUCUGAAGGUAGAUUCAAAGGACCGAUGGAUUGUGUUUGGCAAACGUUCAAGGCAGAAGGAUUCAGAGGUUUUUACAAAGGGUUUACUCCACCAUUGGUUGGUUGGAUUAUGAUGGAUUCCGUUAUGUUGGGAUCGUUGCAUGUAUAUAGAAGAUACGUCAAAGAUUACAUUUACCCAGAAGAAACUAAAUUACCCUUGAUGGGCCAUGUGAUGGCAGGAUUGGGGAGUGGAUGGACUGUGUCAUUUGUGGCAGCUCCCAUUGAACAAUUCAAGGCAAGAUUACAAGUGCAAUAUGAUGCAAAAUCAAAGAUAUACACUGGACCAAUCGAUGUUGCCAAAAAAUUAUUCAAGAUAUCACCAACCACUUGGUUUGCAGGGUUAAUACCAACCAUGAUAUUCAGAACCAAUUUCAUAUUUUGGUGGGGGUCAUAUGAGUUAUUCACCCAAUAUUUCGAAGAUAAUACUAAAUUACUGAAACCAGCCAUUAACUUCUGGUCCGGUGGGUUAUCAGCAACGGUUUUCUGGAUAUUUGCAUAUCCAUCUGAUGUUAUUAAACAAGUUAUUAUGACCGACAGUCCAAUUAAAUCCGAGAAGAAAUUCCCCAAAUAUUCCGAUGCUGUUAAAUUCAUCUAUAGGGAAAAAGGUUUAGCUGGUUUCACUAGAGGUUUUGGUCCUUCUAUUUUAAGAUCAUUCCCAGCAAACGCUGCUGCUUUAGCUGCUUUCGAAGCAGUAAUGAGAGUUUUACAUUAA